AUGUUCCUGAGUCUCAGGGGUGUUCAGCGUGUUGCCAGGGAUCCCCUGCAGGGGUGCCUGGCAUACCAGGCUUGCCAGGUAGCCCGGGUGGUUGUGGACCCAGAGGGCCCAGAGGAGACGCAGGUGAGUCACGUCAAAAGGUCAGAUAGGUGCAGUAGGUGUGCUGGGGGUCCCAGAGACACUGUGCCUAAAGAGGACGGUGGAAUAGGUCUGCUUGUAGGGAAACGCACGCCGUGGUCCAGUAGUUCUGGUCCAAUAGGACCACCUGGUUUAGGUGGCCUACCCGGGGAAGCUGGUGUCAAAGGUCAAAAGGGUGAUCCGGGGGAGACUCCAAAUGUCUCUUCCCAUCGGGUAGCAUUCACAGCAAGAAGGACAACCAACUCAGCUACCUCAACGAGUGGCAACACCCGUUUGCCCUUCGAUGAGACUGAGACGCUUCUACCGGGUACCAGCUUCGAUCUGGCGACUGGUACAUUCACGUGUGAUGUGCCAG